UGGCAACUUAAAAAUUUCGGGGCGCAUGGGACGCUGUGAAGAUUUAACGGCCUUCUUCCUCCCAUUGAUACACUCUCUCACUCGUCGGAUUCGCUUGUCCAGUGCUUGCCAAUUGACAGUCAACGCACGACGCACCAUUUCACGGGAAUAUUCCCGCGCACUUCUUACCACGACCUCUCUUUGGUGAACUCGCAAUGGCUUCCGAGUCCAACGCACCCGGUUCGGCUGCUGCGCCUGCCGCAUCCGCUUCCGCUUCCGCAGCUGCGGCCAAGCCGGUGAAACCCGACGAAGAUGCUUUCAAGAAGGAGCUUGCGAAGCUCGAGAAGGACCACAAGGCGGCGAUGGAUCAAUACAAUGCCAUCAAAGCCAAGAUUGAGCUGGCCGUGCCCGACAAGGACAAGCCGAACCCGACUCAGCAACGCCGCCAGGAGCUCAUCGCCGAGGCCAAUGAGAUCCGCAAGAAGCAGGCCGGCGGCAAGGCUGCCCGCACGUCCAAGCUGGAUCAGGUCAAGCGACUGGAGGAGCAACUCCGAAGCCGCAUCGCCGAGCAAAAGGCGGCCCGCGCCAAGGUCCCCUUCAAGAGCGUUGAGGAGAUCGACCAGAAGAUCGCCCAGCUCGACCGUGACGUCGAGAGCGGCAAGAUGAAGCUGGUCGACGAGAAGAAGGCUUUGGCCGAGGCCUCGAACCUGCGGAAGCUGCGGAAGAACUUCUCGCAGUUCGACCAGUCGCAACAGGCGAUCGACGACCUCAAGGCCAAGAUCAAGGAGAUCAAGGACUCGCUGGAGGACCCCGAAGCCAAGGCCCUCAGCGACCGGUACACCCAGGUGCAGACGGAGCUGGACGCCAUCAAGGCCCAGCAGGACGAUGCCUACAAGAACCUCUCGGCGCUGCGGAAGGAGCGCGACGAGCUCCGCGCGAAGCAGCAGGCGACGUACCAGGCCAUCAAGCAGCUCAAGGACCAGUACCACACGCAGCGCAAGGCGGUCCAGGCCUGGCAACGUCAGCAACGCGAGAAGCAGCGCCAGCGGGAGCAGGCCGAGAGGGAGCGGAUCAACAAGGAGCGCAGGAUGGAGCGCGCCAAGGCCAUGCUCGACGAGGCGAGCCUGCCCGCCUUCGCCGAGGAGCUGCGCCGCGCCAACAGUCUCCUCCACCACUUCGACCCCUCCCACGCCGAGGAGAAGGCCCCGCUGCUCGCAGACAAGGGUCUCGCCGCCACCGCCCAGCGCAAGGUGGACGCCUCGGCCUUCGAGGGGAUGCGCGCCCUCCGCAAGGAAGACCGCGACGAGGAGUACGUCCCGGCUGCUGCCAAGAAGGGCAAGAAGGGCAAGAAGAACCACGCGACCGAUGCCCCCGCCGCCGCCGGCAAGUUCAGCUGCCCGCCUUCUGUCAUCGAGGACUGCACGUUCCUCGAGCUCGAGCCGCCCAUGAGCGCGGCCGAGGUGCCCGCCUUCACUGAGAAGGUCAGGGCUAAGAUUGCCCACUGGAAGGCCAACCAGGCGGAGCAGACGCGAAAGAACAUCGAGAAGGCGACCAAGGAGAUCGAGCGGCUCGAGGCGGCCGAGGCCUCCGCCGCUGCCGCCUCCGGCGCCAGCACCCCGACCAAGGGCGCCAAUGGCCAAGAGGCUGCCCCCGAGACCGCCAUCACCGAGACCGUCCAGAACACGGCAGAGGCGCCCAAGGAGGUCGAGGCUGCCGCCUAAAGAGGGGCACCCAUUCCUUCUCCUCUGUGCGCCGCUUGAAUGUCGCGAGAUCCAUGGCUUGGCUUGACUUGGCGCGGGCGUGGCGGGCUCGGACCGGAAACGGGCAUUUUGAGGGGUGAUAUAUGGUCUUUAUCUUUUUUUUUUUUUUUUUUUUGCUU